GGGUUUAAAGUUCACCUUCAUGAAGAAACUGCAAAGGUUUUUCUUGUCCAUCAUCAUUUCGGUGAUGUUUCUCACUCGCUGUCUGACCUCCUGCGCUUUCUGUUUAGCUUUCAUCAGAACUGGUCAGUAGGAAUUUCCUCCAAACUCCGGUGUGAACCUCACACACAGGUAAAGCCGCGAUGACCGCAUACUAUUGUACUACACGGUAUGAAGGGGGAGGACGUCAGACCUGGACACGCCCACAAUUGCGUCAGCAUUGUUUACGUUGAGAAAAUGAAUGGAGUCAUCUCUAGUUCAAUAAAAAAAUAUUUUAAUAUCUAAAUAAUUCAGUUAUUUAACAUCAUUAAUAAAUAGAAUAAUCUGAGAUGAUUAAAUGUAAGCAUAUACAUCACUAUAUUCUACAGUACACACACACACACACACACACACACACCCUAGCGGUACAUCUGCAUAGGUACAAUGACAUUUGGUUUUAUGGUUGGUUUCAGAAAGUGAAAUUUCGACUCGUAAGACUUUCUUUACAUCGUGCAUCUCACUUGUUGCCCAUAAAUACUGAGUAUUAACAGAGCACACGAUGGUGAGAGUAAAGUGUACAGCACUUGACACUCUUAUUAGGAGGACCAGUCUGCUGUACUGGAGAGUAGAGUGUGUAUACUGGGAAUACAAUGUUUCUACGCUUGGUGCACCUUUGUGUCCUUCUGACUCUGUGCAGUGUGAGCUGUGGCUUCAGCUGCCGAUGGAUCAACCUGAAAUUCAAGCAGCACCAUGGGACAUGUUUAACACUGCUUAGAGAAAUGGAAGAGGAAAUCAGCGUCAACGCCUCCGUCCCGGAUAACUGGCGUCACUGGUUCUUUAACCACAGCUCUACUCAGCCAGAGAAACAGGUCUGGUUCAUGGUUCAGACUCUGGACGAGGUCUCCCGACUAUUGGAAGAGUCCGACUCUGUGUCCUGGAACAAGGACAAGCUGGAAACUUUCUUACAUAUGCUGGAUCAGCAGGCCAACGGACUACGCUCCUGUCUUGAUCACAGAAUGAAAAAGAACAAACGAUUGCCCUUAUACUUCAAAAGACUAAGAGAUCUCACCAAGAACGACAAGCAGGAGAAGAACGAGGCCUGGGAGUGGAUCAGAAAAGAGCUGCUUCAACUCUUCGGCCUGUUGGACUUUUUCCCUGCUGUCUCUGUGAAUCCUGCUGCAAACCACAAUCAAUAAGAAGCUGAAGAUGUGCAGUGGAAACCAGAAGGCUGUGAGAUGGAAUCCCAGAGAAAAGCUACUGGCUCUGGUGAAAGACUCU